GACAAGGGGAAGUGACUAGCUAGGUGAGAGAGCAAGAACAAAAAAAAUAAAAUGGUCAGAAAUGGCACUAAAAUGCCAAGUUUUUGCUUAGCAAAAAUUAGGCCACAUGUUAGAGUGCGUUCACAAACUAUACAAUUGAAAGAAAACAACAUUGAUUCUUUUACUAAAACCGAAGACCAAAAAUCCAAAGAUUCUGAUAGUUGUUGCAAUGAGAAAGAUAUUACAUCGGGAGAUGUCCCUAAAGUUGAUCAAGUGCCUCCGAAGGUUAUUAGCAGGAAAGUGAUGAUCGUUGUCGAUUCAAGUAUUGAAGCGAAAAACGCAUUGCAAUGGGCCUUGACGCAUACAGUUCAGGGCCAUGACAUUCUAGUUCUUCUAUAUGUUAAAAAGAUUACUUCUAUGCAAGGAAAUGAUCAGGGGACUAAUAAUAAGGAGAAAGCUACCAAAAUUCCUGGAUUUCUUUCUGCAAUGAAAAACACAUGUCAGAUGAAAUACUCGGAUCUACAAGUUGAGAUAUUGAUGGUAGAAGGAACAGAGAAGGGUACAACCAUUGUGGAAGAAGCAAAAAAACAAGAGGUGACAAUGUUGGUACUAGGACAAAAGAAGCAACCAUUUACAUGGCGUCUAUUGUUGACGUGGGCCGGCAGACCGUUGGGUGGCAAUGGUGGCGGAGUGGCGGAUUAUUGUGUCCAAAACGCCACUUGUAUGGCAGUAGCGGUACGAAGGAAGAGUAAAAGAGUUGGUGGCUAUCUUAUUACAACCAAACGUCAAAAGGAUUUUUGGCUCUUGGCUUGAUCAAAAGCUUAGAAUAAAAUUAAGGGUAAGUUUCAUCAUAUAUUGUUUGUUUUGGUCUAGUUUUGAGUACAUAUGAUUUGUACAUUCUUAAAUGGUAAAUGAGGAUUGGAUUGGAUUGUGUUUUA